UACUGAAAACCCCGGUUCUAUACGGGCGCUUACACAGAAGUAAGCUCAGCAUUGUUAGCCCUACGACAGAGCCUCCCUUGCGGCUCGUGGGCAGUUCCAAUUGGCACAGCCGCGCCCAACGGGCUCUCAUCGUGCUCCUUGAAUUAGGAGUUUGGUGCUCUCCACUGAGCUUUAUGGGUAGCAUUGAUUUCGCAGCAGGCAACCAACUUGAACCAGCCCCUGGAGGUGUAGGUACAUAAGGAUAUGUUCGCACUUUUGACUUUUUGGCGAGGGUGGGUUCAAUAACUCAUGUAUUCUACAAUGAGGACCAUCAAGCGGAUAUUCCACUAUCUAGCCCAUCUAGAGUGGACGGAACGGGUCCAGCAUACUUGCAUCUUCUGUAAUAGGGAAAAUCUGGUCAAAAUCGUCUACGAGGAUGAUGAUCUAAUCGCCGUCGAAAACCGACGUCUGUCCGGUCGGUACCACUGGCUUAUUAUGCCCAAGGCCCAUAAGAUCCGGGAUAUCGAGGCGCUGGAUGGCAACGACCUACCUCUUUUACAAGAGAUGGACCGCGUAAAACAUCAUCUAAUCGCCCUCCAUUCCACCCCCGCCACGCCCCGCCCAUCCAUCAUCUCAGGGUACCACCGGGGCCGGCGGCCGCUACUAGGCAAGAUCUACUACCCGGACAUCGUCUCCAUCCACCAUCUCCACCUUCAUGUCAUCGUCCAGCCGCACGUGGUGCCGCGACUUUUGAAGUAUCCGGCGUGGCUGCCGCUUAUGUGGAAGUCGGAUGCUAGGGUGAUGCGGGAGGUGCGGCGGCUUGUGUAAGAGGGGGCUCCGAAGCAGGAAUAUCAUUACUUGGAGAGCUUUUGGCGGGAGGGCGCUUACUUACCUACAUACUUGGAAUACCCAGUCAAGCGUUGAAUUUUUCUUCACUUCGUUC